UGGCCCGAUCAAUAUUUAGGGCCGGGUUAGGGUUAACCAAAACCCGUCCCAACCCGUCCCUUGUACACCCGUAAGUCAAACCAAUGAAAUCACUCAAAUGAAAUCAGAGCAUCACAGUAUAAAUUUCAAAUUUCAAAAUUGCGCCUUACGAUCACAACGACAAUGGACUCUACCGCUUCCCCUCUCUGCCCCAGCACCGUGACCAUUCGCCGGAACCCUCCCCGGAGAGCUCGAGCCACUCCCAAAGCCCCAGACCCUCGUGAAAUCCGCCCAUUUCCUCACGAUGACAUUCAAUCCGCCGCACAAACACCGUCAAAGUCGCCGCCGGAGAUCGAAAACCUCAAAGUCUUCCUCAGAAUCCGACCCAUUCUAUCACCCAAUCAAGCUCCGCGAGCGAAAACUAAAACCGCAUGGCCUCAGAACCCGAUCAAAAGGAACGUUGCCGCGAAGAAGAAGAGCUCCGCCGUGUGCUUAUCGGUUAACGAUCCUCAGUCGGUGACGCUAUCAACUCCCUCGAGCCUGCAGGAAUCGAAGCGGAUCAAAUCAGAGACUUACGGUGGCUUCUCUCACGUUUUCUCUUCCGAUUCAUCGCAGUGUGAUGUGUAUGAAACAAUGGUGAGACCCAUGGUGGAUGAGUUUCUUAAGGGUAGGAGUGGAAUGCUGGCUGCAUUGGGGCCUAGCGGGUCAGGGAAGACUCAUACCGUGUUUGGAAGCCCAAGGGAUCCUGGAAUGGUACCUCUAACCCUUCGCCAUAUCUUCAAGGAGACUGAGCAAAAUAGCAAACAAGCUUCCAGAUCAUAUUACAUAUCAAUUUUUGAGAUAUAUACUGAACGGGGUAAAGCAGAGAAGCUGCUUGAUUUAUUACCGAAUGGCAGUGAACUAAGCAUGCAGCAAUCCACUGUAAAAGGCAUGCAAGAGGUUCUCAUCUCUAAUGUUGAACAGGCAGAUUCCCUAAUAACACAAGCAAUGUUGAAACGGGUAACUGCAAUGACAAACACCAACAGUCAGUCCAGCCGGUCACAGUGCAUCAUUAGCAUUCGUGAUGUUCCCCAAAAAUGUAAAGGAGUUGUCAAUCCUAAGUCAAAUGGUGCUGUUUUGACCAUCAUUGACCUUGCUGGAGCUGAAAGAGAAAAAAGAACAGGGAAUCAGGGGACAAGAUUGGUUGAAAGCAAUUUUAUUAACAACACAUUAAUGGUGUUUGGCUUAUGCUUAAGAUCUUUAUUGGAGCACCAGAAAAAUCCAAAAAAGCCAUUGCAGAAGCACUUCCAAAACUCUAUGUUAACUAGGUAUCUACGAGAUUAUUUGGAGGGCAAGAAGCGCAUGACAUUGAUUUUAACAGCGAAGUCAGGAGAGGAUGAUUAUCUUGAUACAUCUUACCUACUGAGACAAGCUUCACCUUACAUGCAAAUUAAGUAUAAUGAAGUUGAACCACCAAAUUUGGUUCCCAAUAAAAGACAUUACCAAGCUUCCAUAAUGGAUAACGUGAAGCUAUCACCUUCUCUACAACAUAAGAGAGUUAGACUUGUUGGUAAACAUUCAGUGCAGAAUGAUGAAAAGGAUGUUGAAGAAUGCAACACUUCUAAGGAAGAUGCUUCAACAGUUUGCAAAUUAGAUGCAAGUAGUACUGUCGCUUUCGAGUUAGAGAGUGACCACGCCCAAAGCGAGAGAAGUCAUAUUAUUAUGCAAAAUUUUGCAAGAGUUAUAUGGAAUUGUUUGAAGCAAUAUAAUUCCAAACUAAAGGUUGCGGAAUUGGAAAUUCAAAGUCUCAAAGAAAGCAUCGGGGAUGAAAAGAAAAAAAGCCUUGAGCUAGAAACGCAGUUGAAUGAGUUUAAAGCCUGCUGUACUUGUUCCAAAGGAGGAAUCGAAAAAACUGAUACUGAAGAUUCUUCAUCAGUGGCUACUCCUCAGCUACAUAAUUUGGACCGAGAGGAAAUGUUGCACUCAAAGUCAUCAUAUGAGAAUAUACUUAACCAAUCAGAUGAAGAACUUACGCUUGGCACUUCCGGUACAGAAGUUGAAGUUGAUUUUGAAAAAUCAAAUAGGGAACUCUCAGUCUCCCGGUCAAAGCUAGGACAUCAUAAGGCUUUGGAGGUUGAUUCAGUUAGCGAGAUAUCUAGUGAAACUUCUCAUUUGGAGACGUCGUUUGAGCCUAGACUUGAUCAGCCAGAUAAAGAGUCUGUGCUUGGUACUUCCUGUCCAGUGUUAGAUUCUGAAAAAUCAGAUAGGGAAGUCUCAAUCUCCUCAUCAGAGCCAGGGCAUCUUGAAGCUUUGGAGGUUGAUAUUGUGAGCAACAAACCAAGUGAAACAUUGCACUCAAAGUCAUCAUAUGAGAAUAUACUUGACCAAUCAGAUGAAGAACUUACGCUUGGCACUUCCGGUACAGAAGUUGAAGUUGAUUUUGAAAAAUCAAAUAGGGAACUCUCAGUCUCCCUAUCAAAGCUAGGACAUCAUAAGGCUUUGGAGGUUGAUUCAGUUAGCGAGAUAUCUAGUGAAACUUCUCAUUUGGAGACGUCAUCUGAGCCUAGACUUGAUCAGCCAGAUAAAGAGUCUGUGCUUGGUACUUCCUGUCCAGUGUUAGAUUCUGAAAAAUCAAAUAGGGAAGUCUCAAUCUCCUCAUCAGAGCCAGGGCAUCUUGAAGCUUUGGAGGUUGAUAUUGUGAGCAACAAACCAUGUUUGGAUGAUCCAAGUGGUGCGAAGGCAGGAGUCAAUAACUCCAAGCCUCCUAGGCCAAAAAGGACACUUGUGCCUUCCUCAUCCAUCUUAUCAAGGGACUUGAGUACCUUUGAUCUUUGUGCUGAACCAGAGAAAUCAAAGGGGAAUAGGAGCACAAGGAAGGUAGCUACUGCACAUGAUCCUAAAAGAUCAAACGGGAGUCUCUCUCUGCUCCACUUGCUGCAAGGGGGAAAAAGUAAAAAUCGUCUCUAAUUAAGCCACUGAACACAAAAAUUUAUGAUUGGGAACAAUGGACCAUUUGGACUUGUUUUGGGUAGCUGGUGGUGCUGACUUGCUUUUUUGGAAUGCAUCUUCUACCUUAUAGAAUAGCCGAAAGCUGGUUAUUUUUUUGUUGGCUAUUGUUAUUUGUUAACAAGCUAAUUGUUUGUUACUAAUUCAGUAAUUUUUUGGUUGCAUAGCAGAAAGUGUAUCCACUCUAUAUGUACAUAUACCUCCUAGAUAAAUGAAAUCUUCCAUUUAGUUC